AAGUGUUUUUACAUAAUUAGUAUAUGCAUAUGAUGAAAUCCUGACACUCAAGAUAAUAUAUUAUAUAUAGCUGGCAGUUUCCAUGUAAAGAGUUAAGAGUUAACCUCAUAUCAUCCCUCCUCUUCUCUGCAACUAAAAAGCUCUUGAGAUAUGGAUUCAAGAAAACCUGAUGAAGAAGAAGAAAUUGUUCAUGAUUUCCCUCCUUUUCUCCGCACAUACAAAAGUGGCAGAGUAGAAAGAUUUAUGGGCACAGAUAUUAUCCCUCCUUCUCUUGAUUCCAAAACCAAUGUCCAAUCUCAAGAUGUUGUCUACUCACGAGAUCUCAAUUUAUCUUCAAGACUUUACCUUCCCAAAAACAUCAAUCCUGACCAAAAACUUCCCCUCCUGGUUUACUAUCAUGGCGGUGGAUUUGUUAUUGAAACUCCUUACUCCCCGAACUAUCAUAACUUCUGUAACAGAUUAGCUUCCCAGGCUAAUAUCAUGAUAGUUUCUGUGGAUUACAGGAGAGCACCAGAGCAUCAUCUGCCUGCUGCAUAUGAUGAUUCUUGGACAGCGCUCAAAUGGGCUGCAUCUCAUUUCAAUGGAAAUGGUCCUGAAGAGUGGUUGAAUUGCUAUGCUGAUCUGGGCAAGGUGUUUCUUGCAGGAGACAGUGCUGGUGCUAAUAUAGCACAUCACAUGGGCAUGAGAUAUGGUGAAGAGAAGUUGUUUGGGAUUAAUGUUAUAGGGAUUGUUCUAAUACAUCCUUACUUUUGGGGUAAAGAACCUGUUGGCAAUGAGGCUAAAGAUUCAGAAGUAAGAUUAAAGAUCAAUGGGAUUUGGUAUUUUGCAUGUCCUACAACAAGUGGUUGUGAUGAUCCUUUAAUAAAUCCUGCUACUGAUCCAAAACUUGCAACUCUAGGUUGCAAUAAGGUGCUUAUAUUUGUUGCUGAGAAGGAUUUUUUGAAAGAUAGAGGAUGGUUUUAUUAUGAGAGUUUGAGAAAGAGUGGUUGGGGAGGAAGUGUGGAGAUAAUUGAAGCUAAAGAAGAGAACCAUGUGUUUCAUUUGUUCAAUCCUGAGAAUGAGAAUGCCAAGAUUAUGGUUCAAAAUAUUGUAUCUUUCAUUUGUCAAGAUAAGCCCUGAUCAAAUCAUUAUCAUAGUUUCCUUGUUUUCUGAAUACAACCUUGUGUCUAAGCUUUACUUUUUCCUUGUUUUGGACUAGAACCCUUUUGAAUAAUAUGGCAAUUAUUUGAUGAA